AUGCAACUAAUCCUUGCAGCCUUCUUGCUCCCCCUCUCCUUGGCACUCCCCGUCCCUUCACCAAAAGAGGCGCCUGCUGCUGAAGAAAGCAUUAUUCAACCUAACUCUUCUCCUGGAGUCUGCGCUAAUCUAUCAUCUCCGGUCUGCGGCAAAAUCAAAGACGGAGUCUAUACAAUUUUUGACAACGCUUGCUUCCUCCGCAAGGCGGACUGUGAUGGACUUUCCCUCAUCGAAGUCCCACUCGAGAAACGUUUUGACACACAGGUGACCGAGGAUGAUAAUUACGUUCCUAAAGAGGACGAGCAGGAUAGUGAUGAGGAUAAUGACGAUGCUCUGGAGACUGCCGAUCACCCCUAUAGGCCUCCUAAAGGGCACCCAGGCAGGAAGAAGGGUCAUAGGAAGGGCAACAAGAAAGACAACAGCAAGGGCAAGAAGAAAGGCAAAAAGAUUUUUGGUGAAAUCUAA